GUAUUGCAUGACCACUGACGGAAUAUUGCGAUAAUAAAUUCACGAUAAUCCACAAUAGUUCGCAUUGACACUUUGGUUGACGUUACGGGGUAAUUCGUAGUUGCUUUCGAUGAUUCCGUCAUACAUAUUCUUUCGCCGCUCGAUGAUAACGUAAGCUCGAACGUGACGUCCGAUGAUUGCGUGCUGCUGUCGCUACGAGUGUAUAAAUUGAAGUACGCGAUUAUAACUGAUAACAAAGUUCUCUCGUCUGAAUUUAGCUAGGCUAAAUGGUGAAGAUGACACCAUUGGACGAGGGGAGGAUCAGACAAGGUCUGUCUAAGUAUCAAAAUCCGGACAUAACAAAGAAGCAUGUAAUAAGCGUUUUGAACCUUUACAAAGGCUUGAUAUAUGAAAUUGAGCCCUUUGUUUUCAACGAUGGCUCGCGUAAGGAGCUGCUCAACUUGCAAGGAACCAUACCUGUUGUUUAUAAAGGCACCUGUUACAAUAUUCCAAUAUGCAUAUGGUUGAUGGACACUCAUCCCAACAAUGCACCCAUGUGCUACGUUAAGCCAACGGCAGAUAUGCACAUCAAAGUUAGCAUGUUUGUAGAUCACAAUGGUAAAAUCUACUUGCCGUAUCUCCACGACUGGGUCCCACACAAUUCAGAUUUGCUCGCUCUAAUUCAAGUCAUGAUCAUCACCUUCGGGGAGCAACCUCCAGUCUAUGCGAAGUCAAGAUCGGAGACACAACAGAGUUCUACACCAUAUCCUGUUCAAUCGUUCAUGCCAGUUCCUGGUACUGGAAGCGUGACGAGUUCCGGUUUCCCACCAUAUCCACCGAAUUCACAAUACUCCAGUGGUAGUAACGUGUAUCCGUCGUAUCCGCCUACGGCGUCUGGAGGAUUCCCGUACCCAGGCUCGUACAGUUCUUAUGCCGGAAGCACUCCCAGUUACCCAACGCAAGGCUACAACGGUCCAUAUCCACCGUACCCACCAGCUACGCAACCGUCUCCGACGGUACAGCCGAACUCUGGUGGCACAAUCACGGAGGAGCACAUAAGGGCAUCCUUGUUGUCCGCGGUAGAAGAUAAGCUACGGCGCCGGCUUAAGGAACAAUUCUCACAGCUGCAGGCCGAGCUCGAAACACUGCGGCGAACACAACAGGAAUUGACGAGCGGCUCGUCGCACCUGACCGAUCUGUUUGAGAAACUCAAGAGAGAGAAGCAAGAACUUGAAAAAAAUGUGAACAUUCUGCAAGAUAAGGAGGCAGAGUUGGAAAAAGAGAUCGCCAAACUAUCCGAUAAUCAGUCGAUAGAUGUUGAUGAAGCUGUAAUUACCAUAGCGCCGUUAUAUAAACAAAUGUUAAACGCCUUCGCCGAAGAGGCGGCUACAGAGGAUGCUAUUUAUUAUCUCGCCGAGGGAUUGCGAUCUGGCAUCAUAGACCUGGACGCGUUCCUGAAGCAAGUCCGACAGCUGUCGCGCAGACAGUUCAUGUUGAGGGCGCUGAUGCAGAGAUGUCGGCAGAAAGCCGGUUUGGCUGGUUAAGAAAUGAUACUCUUUUACGCUUUAUUUUAGAGAUGCAAUAUUCCAUUUUACUACAAAAUAAUCUUGUAUUACGCAGUGGAAAUAGGAAACAAUAUAUGUAACAUCUGCUGAUAUUAAAAUUUUAUCGAUGAAAUGAUCAAAUAAAUUAUGUACAUUUUGUCGAAUGAACGCUCUUUUCUUCUCGCAGUGUAACGAGAAGAAAACUGUUUCACGUAAAGUUUAAUAUUAUGCAUACUAUGAUUUUAGGCAAGUAUAAUAAUUAUUGCACAUAUGAGUACGAAACCUUUUUUAUCACAAUAUUGCAUGAAUUAAUUAGAUUCUGAUUUAUGUUGAGAAAAAAAUAGACUUAUUUUCUUAAGAUAUAACACUGAUUGCUAUGUACUUGCAUUGCAAAUUUCAUGUUUUCAUUGUGAUAAGUGAAUAAACUUAUGUAGUG